AUGCCUUAUUCAAUACGAAAUAAAUAUUCAAAUUUUUCUAUCGCUCGACGUCCAUUAAAUUUUGACGAAGACGAUACAACAGUUCUAUCAGUUCAUAUGAAAAAGCCCGUUAUGUACAUAGUGGUCAUAUUCUUCGUGACAAAAUUUCCUAAUUAUCCUAUGCGUGAUUUUCAUCGUAAAUAUAGUUCAAAACGCCGAAGUUCAUCAAUGAAAAUUCAUGGUCAAUUGACUGACAAUCAAACAUUUACAUUUGAAGUUUCAGUUAGUGAAACGCAUGCUUUUAUUCGUCAUAUUAAUACUAUUCCUUCUCUAUUACGUCUUCCAUCAGAUAUGUUCAUUCCGACUACUGAUGGAAUGCCAUUUGAAACCCGUACUAACCCUGUUUCUUGUCGCUAUUUAAAAAUUCGUAAACACAAUAAAAAAGACUAUCCUCAUAUUACUUGUCAUGGAACAAGUAUAAAAGAUAUAGAAUUAAUUCUUAUGGAUGGACUUGUUAUACUAAGUAUGGUAGUCUCUAUUGAAUUACGUAUUUGUCCAGCAAUCAAUCAUAUUGCAUGA